GCAUAAAAGCUCCUCCCUUUUACGCUUCCUCUCUCUCUUUCUCUCUGACUACAGAGCCGUUCUUCUCUGGUUUCAGAUCACUAAUCACGAGAGAUUCCGCCGGAAUUUCUCAUCUGAAUUCAGAGAAUUUCCGGGUUAAUUCGAGAAUGUCGGAGAACGAGGUUGUCCCGGACGAGUUUCGUUGCAACCGGUCCGAUGGUAAGCAAUGGCGAUGCAAGAGACGAGCUUUGGAGGGGAAGAAGAUGUGCGAGACUCAUACCUCGCAGCUUAGUCAGAAGCGGAACAAGGAGAAAGCUUUUGAGUCGAUGAGGCUCGUUAGAUCAAGGCAAGGAGACGAAGCGGCGUCUUCAGAGAUCGAGCCAAACGGAGACGGAAUUAGGGCUAAUAGAUUGGGGAAAUCGAAGAAGAGGAAGCGAGUGAUGGGAGAGGCAGAGGCUGUUGAUGAAGCGGUGAGGAAGAUGAAGCUGAAGAGAGGUGAUUUGCAGUUGGAUUUGAUAAGGAUGGUGUUGAAGAGAGAAGUUGAGAAGAAGAAGAAGAAGAGAGUCCAAAACAAAAAGAGCAAGAAGAAGGAAAGUAGUAGUAGUAAAGGUUUUGGUGAUUUCGUAGGAGAAGAGUUAACGAGGGUUCUUCCUAAUGGCGUCAUGGCGAUUUCUCCACCUUCUCCGACUACAAGCAAUGUGACUUCUCCUUGUGAUGUUAAAGUAGGCGAAGAACCGGUUUCGAUGACUAAAAGAAGAUUUAGGUCUAAGAACAUUGAACCUUUGCCUGUUGGGAAGAUGCAGGUGGUUCCUUACAAGAGGGAUUUGGUUAAUGCAGGGAAGGGGAAGAAGAAGAGGUGUCAUUGGUGUGGAACCAAAGGAUUUGAGGAUUUGAUUACUUGUUUGAGUUGUGAAAGAGAGUUCUUUUGCUUAGAUUGUAUCGAGAAAAGGAACAAGGGGUCAAAAGAAGAAGUUAAGAAAAAAUGCCCUGUAUGCAGUGGAUCAUGUAGGUGCAAGGCUUGCUCAGUUACUAUCUCUGGAGUCACUGAAUGUAAGGAUUCUCAGAAUGCUAGGAGUGAUAUUGACAGGGUUUUGCAUCUACAUUAUGCGGUGUGCUUGCUUCUUCCAGUACUUAAAGGAAUCAAUGUAGAAGACAAAGUAGAGGUCGAAAAUGACGCAGAAAAGAAAGAGCCAAAUCCAGCUGGACCUCGGAUCCAUAGUGCUGAAUCAACCUCUGAUGAUCCACAGCUCUGCAGCAGUCGCGACUCUACCGUUGUGGAUUUGGGAAAAAGGUGUAGACGCCGUUCCUCUGUUCUCAGGCUAAGUUCUGACCAAGAUCGGAGUCAAGGGAGCUUAUCUAAAAAGGUUGGGACAGUCCAAUGCUCGAAUGGUAUAAAAUCCUAUAAGCCGCCCUUAUCUAAUGCUUGGGACCAAUCUCUAAAAGAAGCUCUAACGGAUUGUAAGUGGAAACAAGUCAAAGGGUGCAGCAAUAACCUUUCUUUGAAAAGUCUAUUCUCUCUGGACUUGACAAGGAAGUUAGAGAUCAGUGCAGAAGAAAUAGUCAGUUGCUAUGAGUUGCCUGAAAUCUUAGAUAAAUUCUCGGGAUGUCCGUUUUGUCUUGGAGUGGAAAAGCAAUCUAGUAGUAGUGACAACCAUUUGAAAGAAGCAUCCAGGAGAAGAGAAGACGGAACUAGUAACUUUUUAUACUACCCUACAGUGAUGGAUUUUCAACAAAACAACCUAGAACAUUUUCAGACACACUGGAGUAAAGGACAUCCUGUAAUAGUUCGUAGUGUGUUAAAGGGUGGUUCAAGCCUCGACUGGGAUCCCGUAGCUAUGUUCUGUAGUUAUCUUAUGAACAGAAAUAGCAUAACCGGUAAUACAACCGAUUGCAUGGAUUGGUUUGAGGUAGAAAUCGGGGUAAAGCAAUUUUUCUUGGGGCCUUUGCGAGGAAAGGCUGAGACUAAUACUUGUCAAGAGAGGCUGAAGCUGGAUGGAUGGCUUUCGCCUUCUUUGUUUGAAGAACAGUUCCCACAUCAUUUUGCUGAAAUACUGAGAAUUUUACCAAUUUCCCGUUACAUGGAUCCAAAGCGCGGUGUACUAAAUAUCGCUGCCAACCUACCUGACAUAAUUCAAACACCCAAUCUAGGUCCAUUCCUCAAUAUGUCUUACCGGAGUGGUGAAGAAUAUGCAAACCCUGAUUCUGUGAAGAAGUUAGGUUUCAAUACUUGUGAUACGGUGGAUAUCUUGUUACAUGUUACAGAUACACCGGUAUCUACAAAACAGAUUUGUAGAAUAAGAAAGCUAAUGAAAAAUGUAGGGAGAGGAACAUCUAAAAAUCCAGAAAAGAAAAGGAAGAGCAGAUUUGGUGGGGGAAAGAAACAAGAUUUUGAAGCUUCAUAUGCUCAGAGGGAUUGGUCGGAUGACUGUUCCAGUUCUGAUUCAGAAUCUUCACAACUCAGCUUAGGCGCUAAAUACAAAGCCAGUGAGUGUCAGGGAGAGGAAAGAGAAAUUUGCAACGACUCUUGUGAAGAAGAAAGUCUAAGCAACUCUUAUGGUGCCCAGUGGGAUGUAUUCCAGAAGCAAGAUGUUUCAAAACUUCUUGAGUAUAUUAAGAGGCACUCUCUCGAGCUAGAUACCAUGGAUUCCAGCAAAAAACAAGUGAGUCACCCAUUACUUGAGCAGAGUUACUAUCUUGAUGAAUAUCACAAAGCAAGGCUUAAGGAAGAGUUUGACGUUGAACCAUGGAGCUUUGAUCAAUGUGUCGGGGAAGCAGUCAUCGUCCCUGCUGGAUGUCCAUACCAAAAUAGAAAGAAUAGGUCUUGUGUAAAUGCGGUUCUGCAUUUUCUUUCACCUGAGCACGUUAGCGAAACUAUCAAAAUAGUGGGCGAGCUCAGUCAACUUCCUCAGAGCGUCAAAACUAAAGCAAACAAGAUUGAGGUGAAGAAAAUGGCGAUCCAUAAGAUCAGUGAAGCUGUAAAGGAAAUCCGGGAGCUCACAUCUUCAGAUUCAACCGCUGCAUCAAGAUUAUAACUAGAACUGGAGGUACCAUUCUUGAUUCUUGACCAUUGAGAAUUACAACAUUCUUCUCGGAAAGAUUCAUCCGUUGCGUUAGCAAAAUGUAAAGAUAUAUAGAAAUAAACAAAUAAGAACAUAAGGGAAUUCAUUUUUUCAUUCAGAUUGUUGUUGAGUGAUGAAUAAUAAAGAAGCAUUGAUAUCAUUCUU